GUGAUCAUCAAUGUGUGCAGCAACCAGAGAGUGGUAGAAUGUUGAAAGAAGAAUGGAGUGGAAUACCCUCUGAGAAAGAUAUUAUGGAAGUUCGAUUAGAGCCAGUGGAAGACUUUUAUGAACUCGGGAAUGAAAUUGGAAGUGGACAAUAUGCCUCAGUUAAAGAAGCUACAUGCAGAAAUACACAGGAAACAUUUGCUGCAAAAAUAAUAAAGAAACGUAAAACGGCAUCUAGUCGACGCGGUGUGGCACGAGAGGACAUUGAACGAGAAGUCACCAUCCUGCAGUCCUUUACACAUUCUAAUAUUAUUCGCCUUCAUGAAGUUUUUGAAUCUAAAGUAGAUGUCACUCUGAUACUGGAAUUGGUAUCUGGAGGAGAGUUGUUUCAUUACCUUGCUGAGAAAGAUCAUGUAUCUGAGGAGGAGGCAGCUAAUUUUACACUUCAGUUAUUAGAAGCCUGUCAUUAUAUCCAUAGAAACAAAGUAUGCCAUCUGGAUUUAAAGCCAGAGAACAUAGUAUUGGAAUCUUCGCGUUCAAAGAUAAAGUUGAUUGAUUUUGGUCUGUCUCGCCAGGUGUCAUCCACUGAGGAAAUCCGUAACAUGUUAGGGACACCAGAAUUUAUUGCUCCAGAAGUUGUCAAUUACGAACCACUGGGAUGUGCUACUGACAUGUGGGCCAUUGGCGUUAUAACCUACAUCCUAUUGAGUGGUGCAUCACCUUUCUUGGGAGAUGAUCAACAAGAAACUUACCAAAACAUUGCAAGUGUGGAUUUUGAAUUUGAUGAAGAAUAUUUUUCAGGGACUAGUGAAUUAGCAAAGGAUUUCAUAAGAAAAUUGCUCGUCAAAGAUCCCAGUAAACGGUCAACAGUGGAGGAAUGUUUACAACAUCCAUGGAUUAAGCCUGUGAGUGAUGAACAAGGAAAGAUACGCAAGGAAGCUCAAGUAAACGUAUCUAACUUACGAUCUUUCAAUGCUCGCAAGAAAUGGAAGCAAUCUAUGAGAAUCGUCUCACUCUGUAAUAGGUUGUCAAGGAAGUUCAGAAUUCAAAGUAAUAGCAGUUUGACUACGCUGCAGACUGAGAGCCAGUCCAGUCCAGAUGAUGACAAUGCCAGUUAGCUCAAGUUAUCACACAGAGUUGCAAGAACAAAUGGAAGGCUGCUCUGCGUCUUUUGGGUCUAAUUAGCUGGUACAAGGGAAAUCUGCAACUCUUUAACUAUCAUUCAUUGGUGUUCUAACAUUAAGUAGUAGUCCUGCAUGUAUUUGUGUUAUUUUGAGGGCUCCCUGGUUUAUUCUGAUACAUUUAUUUUUUUGCUGAAUUAUGAUAAUAAUAAUUAUAAUAUCGAAUUUCAUUCAUGUUAAGCCAGAAAAAAGUUAUUUGACUCCAUAAUUAUAAUAUUAUUGUUGCACAUGAACAUAUGGGACUACUGCUUAGUGUUUGUUUAAUUUCUUGGUUUUUUUGGCCAAAUUUUUAAAAAUGUGUUUUUUGUCUUUUAUUUUUAUAUGAAAUUUUGGGCCACAUCUUUUUCUUUCACUUUCACAAAUUACGGUAUAUAUUAAAACAUUCUGUAAGCAGUGAGCAUCGAUGUAUGUCUAGCCCUUGCAUAUUGCAGGAUGUACAUUGGUACGUUGUUAUAUAUACAUUCUUGUUAAGGGGGAAAAAAGCUUAAUAAUUCUUUUUCAAUAACCUGGACGAGAAACUUAAAAUUUUUAUUUGGCCUUAUUUAUCUAAUUUACUUUCUAAUCUUGAUGUGCUGUUCUUUUGAUAAAACUCACUCAGUUUGAAUUUUAUCAUUUACUUACUUAACUCAGUGACACUGCACCACACAAAGAAUGAUGUGAAGUGGUCUUGAAAAUAGUUGUAUUGAGUUGAUUGGAAUUAUUCUGUUAUUUGAGCUUUCUAUUAUUCAGGGUAGAACCAUUUGGUGACUACCACAACUUACCUAGGAGCCCAGAUAGAAAAAAAUAAGGAAAAUAUUUUUACAGGAAAAUGUUUAUAAUAUUUACGAUAUUUCAAAAUUAACUAUUAAAAUCAGUAAUACAGUAAACUACAAGAACUGAAAUUAUAGCAAUAAUAUGAUACAGUUUAUUUCUCUGAUCAGUCAAAUUUCCAGCGUACUGUUUAGAUUUAGUUCAUUCCCUUCAACAACCUCUUGUAAUAAGUGCUAAAACAGCCAAGAAUGAAAUUACCAUAUGAUUUAGAUGUGAACAAGCUAUGUGUAUAAAAGGUUUAAUCUCCGGUGUUAUGACUUACUCAGAGUUAAUUUUCAGUGGAUAUGAUUUAUGACUGUUUGUUACGCUUGCGUUAUUCCUGUGGGCAUCAUAGUAAUAUAGUAAUUGUCAACAGAAUUGUAAUGUGUGUAUCCUUACCACCCCGAGUUGGUUUAUUUUAUGAUACAUUUUGUAAGAUACAGACAGUUUGAGCCCUAAUUUUCUACCUUUUUUCCCUGACUACUGCUACCAAAUUUGAUGUCCCACUUUCUGUCAUACUACUGUACUAUACUUUUUCUCAUACUGUAUUGUGCUACUUAUUGUAACUUACUUCUUAUAAUAACACCAUACUGUUAUAAUUCUGCUUAAAAGUUACAACUGUGUUUUUUCAAAGUGUGAUGCCCAACCUUUUGUUGCCUGAACGGGUCAGUCUUCUGCUCCUUAAGAAUAAUUGUACAGAUAGGCACAUGAAUUAUACAUGCACAAACCGUGCAUACAGUUUGAAAUAUGCUUUAAUAAUACUUACCUGGAUUUUACAACUUAAGCCAUUACUCAAGAGAGAACACAGCUAGUAAAAAUAACCCAACUCAUGAUACCAAAACCCUCUCUGAGGAUUCCAUCACCUGUACACUGGAUUUUGUAAUGUCGCUUGCAAAUUAUGCAAAUCAAAUUUCUUGAAAGAAUGUUUUAGAGGGAAUCUAGUUUUAUUGCAUUGAGUCACUGAACACUAAUACCUGCCACUAGGUGCACAUUCCAGAUUCCCAAAAGUUUUAUUCUACAUAUGGAAAUGCUAAUGCAAAUUGCUAUUGUAAGUUUACCUAGUAUGCUCAACUUAAACAAUUAAAAAGGUGUUCUUUUGAAACAAAAAUAAACAUGCCUAUCAUCCACUGAUUCUACAUAAAAAGAAAGCAUGUUGCUUUGAUACCCUUUAAAUAAUAUGUAAAUUAGUUGAGACUUGCAAGCUUCAGAAUUAACUGAUGUAUUUUUCUAAUUACCAAUAACAAUAUUUUACUUCUAUAUUUUAAUAGAACAUAUUUUUUGUAUAAUUUUUAAAUGAUAAAGAAAUAGAUAUAUAUUCUAGAUUUACAGAUCAAUGUAUAUGUUAUUGUUAGGAAUAUUUUUGUAGUUUACAAUAAUUUUGUUCAUCUAAAAAGUAAAAACUAUUUUAAUUCUAAAAUGUACAAAAGAUAUUCAUUUUGCCUCAUAAAGGUUAGUUCAUCAUUCCUUUGGAAUUCACCAGAUAUUAACCACAAGGAAUGGAUGAAUAAUAUAAUAAUAUUUUUCUAUCAAAUUCUUUUUGUUUGUUAGUAAAAUGAUUGAUUGUUUAUGUUGUAAGGUAAUAAGCGUCAGUGCCAUGCAAGUCCUUGUCUUUCCCUUGAGUGUUUGUACUUACUCUAAUUUAUACGGUAUUUAUUUAUUUAUUUAUUCAGCAAUCUAUUAAUAAAUAAAAAAUAAUGUUAACAUAUUGUCUAAUUACAUAAUUACUUUGCUUUAUCUACCAACUGUUUUCCUUUCAUUUGUAAUGAUUUGUUAUGCUGAAAUAUAAUUAAAAAUUAGUUUAUUACUUUUUUUUAAAAAUGUUCCAUUAUUUAAGUAAAACGAGUAAAAUAUGCAACACUUACCCAAUAUGGUUGCUAAGUAGAUAGUUAUAAUUAUUUAGUGCCAAGUGUCCAAUAUGGUUGCCAAUGAAAGGUUAUUGUUAUAUGCAACAAUUGUACCAUAUGGUUGCUAAUAAAUUUAUGCCAGCCUCAUACAGAGUUGGAUCCAGAAAGGAGGUGUUGUGGAAUUGUCGUGGGCAUGAGAUUUUUACUCAAAAAUUACCAAUUUAUUAAUAAAAUUUAUUGAUAAAUUGAUGCUAAAAUACCAGCACAUCUUUCUUUCACUCUUCCUUUUGAACUCCUGGAUAUAUUACCACUGUUAUAUCCUUUAGUAUUUUCUCUUUGUUAAUAUUAAAAUAAAAUAUAAAUGAUUAUUUUCAGUAAUAUAUCCAUUAAAGUGAUAUGGGAUUUGAUAUUGUAAUUAAAAAUCUAUAUUAAGUAUAUUGCUUAGAUAUAUACAUUUCUUUUAAUCAAUGUAAUAAACUGUAGAAAAAAUAUUAUAUUUAUUAGAAACUCUAAAUGUUGAUUCUAAAGUUAAAUUUUAACUGUAGAUUAAAAAGAUUUAAUUGCUUAGAUAUAUACAUUUCUUUUAAUCAAUGUAAUAAACUGUAGAAAAAAUAUUAUAUUUAUUAGAAACUUUAAAUGUUGAUUCUAAAGUUAAAUUUUAACUGUAGAUUAAAAAGAUUGAAAGAUAACACAAUAUAUAUAAUUUAGUUUUUUAAUUUUUUUUAUAAGAUAUGUAAAUAUUCUUCUGUAAUCUUCUGUAGUGUUAGAAAUAGAAUUUGAAGAGUUUUUUUUUGAUCAGCAGUGUUGUUAUAAUGUCAUUUUAAACCUGUGGCACAGUGUUGUUAUAAUGUCAUUUUAAACCUGUGCCACAUUGGCCUCAGAAAUCCUUGUAGCAUACUUUAUUAGAUUUUAAGGUGGUUUAAUUGACUUGCAGUUCAAUUAGGUAGUAAUGAAGUCGAUGACUGUUGUUCACUUCAUUGUUCAAUCUUGUAAGGAGUCGAUACGGAUUGAUGCGUUAGUCCUUUCAUUUCUUCUUCACCUCAAAUAAUCGACCUUCUAUUUACAUAAUGCAGUGUGUUGUGUGUUUGGCAUACAUGCUAUGAUGUUGUUAGAGUGUAUUAAUAUUUUUGCUGUUUAUUUAAUGUUGUCACUAAUAACCAAUCUUGAGUCUAAUUUUCCUAAAGAAUCCUUUUCUUACUUGGAUAGCAAAACGAGUAGCGGUGUCAGCAAUCCAAGCAUGAAAAACAUGGAGGGGAGGGGUUGAUUUUGAAUCUGUACAGGUGUGUUCCCUUUGCCUACUCCCUCUCCUACCCCCUUCAAUUAUUAGCAUACUUAUACCAUGUUUGCUACCAUUAUAUAAGAGUGGCUUCCUCAGAUAUUAGUGGAAUUUACUAAUAUUGCAGCUGUUGAAUAACAGUGUUCAUUCAUAAUUGUACCUUUUUAAUCAUUCUAUUUUAAUUUCUAACACAAGACCUUUUAAGUUAAAUUUAAUUUUGAAUUACUAUGUAAAGCACAACAAUUGCAACAGUAGGGUACAAGUGAGGAAAGAGAGGUACAAUAUGGUACAGUAAAUGAAGGUGGACGUACUCACUAAUCAAUGUUAUCAAGCAAUGGUUGUAAUUUACAUGUAGAAAUACCACUCAAAAUAUAUUAAAUGAAAUUACAAUGUUCAUUAAGUGUUAUCUAUUAAUUAUUAUUCUUGCAAACAAUUACACUGAGUAGGCCUACAGUACCAUAAUAUGAUUACCAAAGGUGAGAGCCGUGUGCAGUUUAGAAACCAUUAUAAAAACCAGUCUGGUAAUUUUAGAGAAAUCAUGAGAACUUAAGUAAAUGCUAACAUUUUAGUGAGUUCAUAAUGUAUUAAAAUCAAUAGGAUUAGACUUUACAUAACAAAUCUAAAAAUAUUACAAAAAAUUAUAUAGGAAUUUUCAUCUUCCAGUUAUUACUAAAUAGUAUUAUAAUUAAUUCCACUUAUUACUUAAUUAGUAUUAUGAUUGAUAAAUAAGCACAUUUGACCCUCAUCUGUGCAUAUUAAUUUUGAUGUGAAUGUAAUACUUUGUAAGAAUUUAGAACUCACUGCUUAUGCAAAGAUAUGCAAUUAUUUAUACUGUAUUAAAGGAUGCAGUAUCAGAAUGUUGAUGUUUACUUUGUGUCUUUGGGUGUUGAGAUUCUAUUUACUAAAUAUGAAUAAAACUACAAACACACAUAA